UUAUCAUUGUUUUCUUCUUCUUUUCUUUAUUGACUCUUCUCUCUUUCCUCACUGGACUUGCAAGAAAGGACAGCAGUUUCUGUGCUGACUCCAGCUUUCAUUUCUGUCAGUUCCAGGACAAGAACAAAAGGGGAACAAAUAUGCUAUGGUUCUUGAAUGGAUAACCUCUAAAGUCAGAUCAGAAAUAGGCAGACUUCCUGGUUUCAUUCUUAAAACAUGAUAUCACGACCAAAGAAUGGGUGGCACUCUCUUAUGCCCCUUUGUUUCAGGGGCAAAGCAGUCACAGGAUUUUGCAUCUUCCCAAAAGUUAAAUCAUCAGGUUAUAGCCCAGGAAACACGCCUGUCUACCUGAAUGUGUAUGACUUGACAGACAUUAAUGGCUAUGCCUACUGGGCAGGCUUUGGUAUCUAUCACUCUGGGGUGGAAGUCCAUGGUGUUGAAUAUGCCUUCGGAGCCCAUGACUACCCAUCAAGCGGUGUCUUUGAGGUUGAACCCCGACAGUGCCCUGGUUUCAAGUUUAGGAAAUCAAUAUUCAUGGGGACAACAAUCUUAGAUCCCAAACAAGUUAGAGAGUUCAUGGAGCUCCAAUCUGCAAAUUACAAUGGUGAUACAUACCAUUUGAUUGUUAAGAACUGCAACCACUUCUGUGAGGAUACAUGUUACAAAUUGACUGGGAACCGAAUACCAAAAUGGGUGAAUCGACUAGCAAGAAUAGGUUCACUCUGCAACUGUAUACUCCCAGAGGCCCUUAAAGCCACUAAAGUACAACAUGACCCCAAUUAUCAAGAACGUGAAAGCGAAAAGAAGAGGCUAAGAAGUUCCUUCAGUUGCUUUUCAUCAAUAUCAAUGCCCCAAAGGGAAGUGUCCAUGUCUUCAUUGUUUCUACACUCCCACUACAAAGGCUGCCUACCACCAUGGGAGCUGAAGAGGUCCAGAAAGGGUUCGAUUAAGGAAGGAUAAAAGGGAGUCUGCUCCACAGAAAGAUAACCAGUUGUGGCUUUGCAAUUGUGGGCAUUUGGGGAUAUCAACAUCUCUCUAUUACCCACAACUCUCUCGGAAAGUAAAUACGUGCUAGUUUGUUGUUUUUGAACGCUACAAUAGAUGACUUUACACCUCUUAUCCUAUUUCUGCGGGGCUGCCUCCCAGGACUUUUCUCGUUCUCUUCUAAGAUUGUAUUCCGAUGUUAUGCAAAGCCUGUUUGCAUUGGCGGAGAACUGAUGUGGAUUUUUCAGUUGUCCACGAAUUACAUUGAGCUCUUCAUUUUCAGGCUCUUGGCCUCUUGCUGACUUUGGCUACAUGUGCUAUUUUUGUGGCUAAAAGUUUCCUCUUGUAUUCUCGAUUGGUGCUGAUUGCCCUUAAAUUUCAUUCUCAUUAUUUUACAA